ACAGAGACUUCACACUUGAAGAAGUAUGGAGAUUCCUGUCGGCACGUAGCCGCUAUUUUCUCUCUCUCCGCUACUUUUUCCUUUAUAUUUUUCAUAUUUAUUAACUGGGUCGCAAAUGAAGAGACAGAGGCUAAAGUGAAGAGUGGAUAUAAAGCAUAUUGAAUGUCAUGGCAGCUUCUGAACUAUACUCCAAGUAUGCCCGGGUCUGGCUCCCAGAUGCUGUGGAGGCAUGGAAGCCAGCAGAGCUCACCAAGGACUACACUCCUGGAGACAGGGCUCUGUGUCUACAGCUGGAAGAUGGCACAAACUUGGAACACAAGAUCGACCCCCAGACCAAUAGUUUACCCCCGCUAAGGAACCCUGAUAUCCUGGUGGGGGAGAAUGACCUGACAGCUCUCAGCUACCUCCACGAACCAGCAGUUCUACACAACCUCAAAGUGCGCUUCGUGGAGUCCAAGAUCAUCUACACCUACUGUGGCAUCGUGUUGGUUGCUAUCAACCCCUAUGAGAGCAUACCCAUCUAUGACCAUGACAUCAUCAACGCCUACAGUGGACAGAACAUGGGCGACAUGGAUCCUCACAUCUUCGCUGUGGCAGAGGAGGCUUACAAACAGAUGGCCAGAGAUCAGAGGAACCAGUCUAUCAUAGUGAGUGGGGAGUCUGGGGCUGGUAAGACAGUCUCUGCUAAGUAUGCCAUGAGGUACUUUGCUACGGUCAGCGGGUCCUCCAGCGAGGCUAAUGUGGAGGAGAGAGUCCUGGCCUCCAGCCCCAUCAUGGAGGCCAUCGGGAAUGCAAAGACGACUAGAAACGACAACAGCAGUCGCUUUGGGAAGUACAUCGAGAUUGGAUUCGACAAAAACUAUCACAUCAUCGGGGCUAACAUGAGAACGUACUUGCUGGAGAAAUCUAGAGUGGUGUUUCAGGCUACCGAGGAGAGGAAUUACCAUAUCUUCUACCAACUGUGUGCCUCCUCACACCUUCCUGAGUUCAAACCUCUCCAGUUAGGUAACGCUGAUGAUUUCCACUGUACCAACCAGGGAGGUAGCCCUGUCAUACAGGGAGUAGACGAUGCCAAAGAGAUGUGCAGCACCAGGAAGGCUUUCUCAUUGCUGGGAAUCAAUGAAACGUACCAAAUGGACCUCUUCCAGAUCCUGGCCGCUCUGCUUCACCUUGGCAACGUGGAGGUGGAAGAGAGAUCGGCAGACAGCAGUACCAUCCUGCCUGACAAUAGUCACCUGACGGUGUUCUGUGAGCUGAUGGGCGUGGCCUACCAGGACAUGUCUCAUUGGCUGUGCCACAGAAAAUUGAAGACUGCCACGGAGACCUACGUUAAGCCCCUCUCCAAAGUGCAUGCGGUCAACGCACGGGACGCGCUGGCCAAACACAUCUACGCUAAACUCUUCAGCUGGAUCGUAGACCACAUCAAUGAGGCUCUGCGCUCUGCUGUCAAACAGCACUCCUUCAUUGGGGUUCUCGACAUCUAUGGGUUUGAAACGUUUCACAUCAACAGCUUUGAGCAGUUCUGUAUUAACUAUGCCAACGAGAAGCUUCAACAGCAGUUUAACAUGCAUGUGUUCAAGCUGGAGCAGGAGGAGUACAUGAAGGAGGAGAUUCCCUGGACUCUGAUAGACUUCUAUGAUAACCAUCCCUGUAUCAACCUCAUCGAGGCCAAGAUGGGGGUCCUGGACCUGUUGGAUGAGGAGUGCAAAAUGCCCAAAGGCUCUGAUGACACAUGGGCUCAGAAACUUUACAACACCUUCCUGAAGAAAAGUGAUCUUUUUGACAAACCUCGUAUGUCCAACAAAGCCUUUAUCAUCCUCCACUUUGCAGACAAGGUGGAGUACCAGUGUGAGGGAUUCCUGGAGAAGAAUAAGGACACUGUCAAUGAAGAGCAGAUUAUUGUGCUCAAACUAAGCAAGUUUGAUCUGCUUUUGGAGCUGUUCAGCGACGAGGAGAAGCCUGCAGGCUCCCUGACCAGUCGCAGUAAGAUGACACGGCCUGUUCAGGCUCAGAGAGACCACAAGAAGACCGUUGGAACGCAGUUUCGUAACUCUCUACAUCUGCUGAUGGAGACUCUGAACGGAACUACCCCUCACUAUGUACGCUGCAUCAAGCCCAAUGACCUCAAAUCCCCAUUCAUGAUGGACCCCAUGAGGGCAGUACAGCAGUUACGGGCUUGUGGAGUCCUGGAAACCAUCCGCAUCUCAGCAGCAGGCUUCCCAUCCAGGUGGACCUACCAGGAGUUCUUUAACCGGUACCGGGUUCUGAUGAAACUGAAGGACAUUCUCUCAGACAGGAAGCAGACCUGCAGGAACGUCCUGGAGAAAUGGGUUCAGGACCAGGACAAAUACCAGUUUGGAAAGAGCAAGAUCUUCUUCAGGGCGGGUCAGGUGGCCUAUCUAGAAAAGCUGCGUUCUGAUAAACUGAAGAAGGCGUGCGUUCGUAUCCAGAAGACGAUCAGAUGUUGGCUGACCAGGAAGAGGUAUCUCCGUAUGAGACAAGCUGCCAUCACCAUACAGAAAAACACACGAGGUUACCAGGCGCGCUGUCUGGUAGCGUUCCUGAGGAGGACCAGAGCAGCGGUUAUCAUCCAGAAGAACCAGCGUAUGUUAGUGGCCAGGAGACGCUACCAGCAGCAGAGGUCUGCAUCCAUCACCAUGCAGCGUCUGCUACGGGCCUACCAGGCCAGACAGACCUACCACAAGCUGCUGUACGAACACAAGGUUCUCACCAUCCAGAGGUGGGUGAGAGGCUGGCUGGCCAGGCGGAGGUGCAGACGCUCCCUGAGGGCCGUGGUUUAUCUCCAGAGCUGUGUGAGACGCAUGGCUGCCAGGAGGGAACUGAGGAAGCUAAGGGUGGAGGCUCGCUCUGUAGAACACUUCAAGAAGCUCAACGUCGGCAUGGAGAACAAGAUCAUGCAAUUGCAGAGGAAAGUGGACGAACAGCACAAGGAGAACAGAGAGCUCAGUGAGAGGUUGCGUACUGUGGAGCGGUCCCGGGCAGCGGAGAGCGAGAGACUGGGUGGAGAGGUGGAGCGACUGCGCGUGGCAGAGGAGGAGAGCAGAGUUAAAGCAGAUGGGGUACCCUCCCUCCUGGAACAGCUGUCAUUCCUCCGUCAGGAAUUGGAGACUACCAGGGAGGAGAAAGAGGCCAUACAGGUGGAGGCUAGGUCAUACAGAGUGGACACUGAGAAGGUGGUGUCAGAGUUGAAUGAGAACAACCGCUCGUUGAUAACGGAGAAAGACGAUAUGAAUCAGCUGAUCGAGGAACAGAGACAACAGAUCGCAGAGAGCAAGGCCCAAGCUAAAGUCGGUAUGCAGCUGGAGAGUGAUAUCCGUGAGGAGCGUGACCACUACCAGAGUCUGCUGAGUGAAUACACACGUCUAAAAGAGAGACACGCUGACCUGAAAGAAGAGAUGACUAUCAGUGUGAUCACCAAUAAACCAGGCCUCCGGAGAACAGACUCCAACUACAGCAGCAAUGAGUCUGAGGGAACUCCCAGCUCUGAAUCUGCAGAAGGAAGACACAGUUCGGUGAAAACUCACAGCUCAACACGCAGCUCCUCAGGGUUCACCGAGUCCGAGACCAGAUCUCUACGAGGAGACGACGCGCCACACCAGGACGCGGUUGACAUGUCAGUCCUGUUGAAGCUGCAGAGGAGAGUCACUGAACUGGAGCAGGACAAACAGACACUGCAGAGACACCUGGAUAAGCGGGAGGAGGCACAACAAGACCAGGUCAAAAAUGCAGAGAAGCAAAGAACUGCAGGGAGAGCUGAGCUGGACCUGGAGGCUCUGAAACGCCAGGAGCUGGAGUCGGAGAACAAGAGGCUGAAGACAAACCUGGCGGAGCUGCGUCAGUCUCUAGCUACAGUUGCCAACACAAACCCCGGGGCUAAGACCAACCCCGGGGCUAAGACCAACCCCGGGACUAAGACCUCCACCAGCAGCCCCGGGCCGGGCUCCGCUCCCUACAACGUGCUCCUGGAGCAGCUCAACUCCUCCAACGAGGAGCUGGAGGUCAGGAAGGAGGAGGUGCUGCUCCUCCGUUCACACAUGGUCCGCCAGGAGGUGCUCAAACACAACAAGGAAGCGUAUGGAGAGAUGCAUAAGAUGAUUCAUCUUGGUGAAACCAAAGAGGCUGAUGGAUCCACUCCUGAUUACCACAAGUUGAACGAGGAUGGAGAGCUGUGGCUGGCUUAUGACGGGUUGAAGGAGACCAACAGCCUGUUGGUGUCUCAGCUGCAGGUGCAGGACAGGAGGCAUGAGGAGGAGGUGGAGGAGCUGAGAGAGGAGGUGCUCAGAGUGAGAGAGGAGAACAGGCAGCAGCAACAGUUCCUCUCCCAGAGCCUCCUCCUACCCCAGGAGGCCCGCAUCGAGGCCAGCCUGCACCACGAGAUCACACGUCUUACUAGCGACAACCUGGACCUGAUGGAGCAGCAAGAGAAACAGGACAAGAUGAUCCGCAAACUUAAAAAACAGCUCAAAGUCUACGUGAAGAGGGUAGAGGAAUACGAAGCUGGCGGUCAGAUGGAGAGGGUGGCUCCAGGUCCAGAGCCUCGCUCUCCUGUUGGUAUCACCCGGAAGGAGAGGGACUUCCAAGGCAUGCUGGAGUACCGGAGGGGGGAUGAGAGCAAACUACUGAAGAGUCUGGUUGUGGAGCUGAAACCUCGCGGUGUGGCGGUUAACUUCCUCCCUGGUCUGCCGGCCUACAUCCUGUUCAUGUGUCUGAGACAUGCUGACUACUCUAAUGAUGACCAGAGAGUCAGCGUCCUGCUCAACUCUACCAUCAACAGCAUCAAGGGAGUCAUCAAGAGGCGAGGAGAUGACUUUGAGACUGUGUCUUUCUGGCUGGCCAACACCUGCCGGUUCCUACACUGCCUGAAGCAGUACAGUGGAGAGGAGGCCUUUGUAAAGAACAACACCCCGCGGCAGAAUGAGCACUGCUUGUGUAACUUUGACCUGUCAGAGUACCGUCAGGUCUUCAGCGAUCUGGCCAUUCAGAACUACCAGCAGCUGGUCAGAUGCAUGGAGGAGGCCCUGCAGCCCAUGAUAGUUCCCGGUAUGCUGGAGCAUGAGAACUUCCAGGGAGUUCUGGGGUCUAAACCCACGGGCCUACGGAAGAGGACGUCCAGUUGCCCGGGAGAGGCUGUUUACACGGUGGACAGCAUCCUACAGCAACUCAGUCUCUUCCACGCUACCCUGAUUCAGCAUGACGUCGACCCCGAGCUCAUCAAGCAGGGGGUGAUGCAGCAGUUCUACAUCAUCUGUUCUGUCACUCUCAACAACCUGCUGCUGAGGAAGGACAUGUGCUCCUGGAGUAAAGGACUGCAGAUCAGGUAUAAUGUGUGGCAGCUGGAGGAGUGGCUGGAGGAGAAGGGGCUGCCAGACUGUGGAGCUAAAGAGAUGCUGGAGCCGCUGAUCCAGGCCGCUCAGUUACUACAGGUCAAGAAGAAGACUGAGGAAGACGCCCAGGCUCUCUGCACCAUGUGCUCUGCCCUCACCACACUACAGAUUGUGAAAGUGCUAACCUUGUACACCCCAGUGAUUGAAUUUGAGGAACGGGUUUCAAUAUCCUUCAUUAGAACCAUACAGGCCCUGUUGAAAGGCCGUGUUGAGUCACCGCUGCUACUUAUGGACACCAAGAAGAUAUUCUCUGUGACAUUUCCCUUCACCCACUCCCCUCUGGCUUUGGAGACCAUUCAGAUCCCUAGCAGUCUGAAUCUAGGAUUCCUCACACGGGUCUAACCCCUGACCCCCCCCCCCCCCAGCUAAAAAUGUACACAAAGUUGGACAGGUUUGAUUACUUCAAAGGAAGGAAGGGAGGAAGAAAUUCGAACGGUGCCCAGGAAUUCUCCCCAAUGGGCCUGAGGGAACUACAUGUUUCACCAAAGAUGCCUGACCAUUCAUGUUUUACAAAUGCCUUGGAAAAAAGUCAGUCCGUUUUUUAUAAUGUCCUGACCACAUACAAUUAGAAACGAGGAACAUUUGGAGACCCUUUGUAAUAAUAUGAUGUAUUUGACAAGAGAUAAAUUAUAUUAUAAUACAUAAUCAAUCUUUUAGCAAUAGUUACAGUAUACUCUGUGUUUCCCCUAUAUGUUCGCCACUGUCAAAUCGUGGAAUCAUUUUCAGGAUGGCAAAACGUUUUUCAGCGUAAACUUAAACCAGAUAUAGAGUAUGUAGAAAAGAUAAUGACGCGAUAUAUAUAUAUAUAUUUUUAAAUACGAUCAUCCUCGAGAACUAGCAAUCACCAAGAUGAGAACUAGAUCGACAGUCAGAGAGAAUCUAAAAUUCCCCAAAAUAUCAUGUCAUGUGGCCCUUCCAUUGAUUUUGUUAUAAAUGUUUGAGUCACUCAGAUGGCAUAAGCCAUGGAAAAAGAAUGUUUAUAAUUGCAGCAAAUUUGUUUUGUUUUUUAAACUCAGAAUUCUCUCAGCCUCAUGACAACAUGUGUGAAAUUGCAGGAAAAAUAGCUUUAAAGCUGUAAAAUGUUGUUCUCUGCCCCCCAUGGCAAAAUGUGUAGAAUUGUAGGAAAUGUGUUUUAAAAACAUAAUUUUUUUUGCUGCUGAAAAGAAUCAGGCUACUGUUUACUUGUUAAUGUAAGGUAAGGUUAACUUGUUAAUGUAUGGUAAGGUUAACUUGUUAAUGUACGGUAAGGUUAAGGUUAACUUGUUAAUGUAUGCACAGGGAAAUGGCACUGUUUUAUAUUUGACGCAUUAAGAAAUAAUACAUUGUUUGACACAACUAUACUGAACAAAAAUAUAAACGCAAACAUGCAACAAUUUCAAAGAUUUUACUGAGUUACAGUUUAUAUAAGGAAAUCAGUCAAUUUAAAUACAUUCAUUAGGUCCUAAUCUAUGGAUUUCACAUGACUGGGAAUACAGAUAUACAUCUGUUGGUCACAGAUACCUUAAUAAAACAAUAGGAGUGUCCCACUCCUCUUCAAUGGCUGUGUGAAGUUGCUGGAUAUUGGUGGGAACUGGAACACGCAGUCGUACAAGUCGAUCCAGAGCAUCCCAAACAUGCUCAUGAUAUCUCUGUGCAUUCAAAUUGUCAUCGAUAAAAUGCAAUUUUGUUCGUUGUCUGUUGCUUAUGCCUCACCAUACCAUAACCCCACCGCCACCAUGGGGCACUGUGUUUACAACGUUGACAUCAGAAAACCGCUCACCCACACAACACCAUACAUGUAGUCUUAUACAUAUACAGUUGUGAGGCCAGUUGGACGUACUGCCAAAUUCUCUAAAAAGAUGGAGGUGGCUUAUGGUAGAGAAAUGAACAUUACAUUCUCUGGCAACAGCUCUGGUGGACAUUUCUGCAGUCAGCAUGCCAAUUGCAUGCUCUCUGUGGCAUAGUGUUGUGACAAAACUGCACAUUUUAGUGGCCUUUUGUUGUCCCCCGCACAAGGUGCACCUGUGUAAUGAUCAUGUAAUGAUCAUGUUGUUUAAUCCGCUUCUUAAUAUGCCACAUCUGUCAGGUGAAUGGAUUAUAUCGGCAAAGAAAAAUGCUCUCUAACAGGAAUAUAAAUACAUUUGUGCACAAAAUUUGAGCGAAAAAAGCUUUUAUUUUUGUGCGAAUGGAACGUUUCUGGGAUCUUUUAUUUCAGCUCAUGAAACAUGGGACCAACAUUUUACAUAAGGCGUUUAUAUUUGUGUUCAGUGUAGGUGGAUGAGGGCAAUGGCACUAAGAGCUGGGAUGAAGGGGGCAGGACUACUGCUUUUUGUUAACCAAAGUAAAUGUAUUUCCACGAGGGUUUGUAAAUCAAAUCAAAUCAAAUUUAUUUAUAUAGCCCUUCGUACAUCAGCUGAUAUCUCAAAGUGCUGUACAGAAACCCAGCCUAAAACCCCAAACAGCAAGCAAUGCAGGUGUAGAAGCACGUACCGUAUAUUUGCGAGCCAACGUUAGUUGGCUGAUGCUGACCUAUGUAAUGUAGUGGCUAGUGCUUACUACCUUUGUAAUGUAGUGCUUGUUGCCUUCCCAUAUAUCACAGUAAAUAUGAAUAUCAUGAGCACCACUCCUAUUGUACACUGUGUGCUGGACACCGCGACCAAAGAGCCUUGCUGUUGACUCACACCCUCUGUGUGCCCAUUGCUUCCCAUAGAGAUUACAUGACCAUCAGGCUUUCCUAAAUGUAUAAACCUGAAUUUCUCCUCAAAUGUAGUUUUAAUAUUGCUGGGAAAAGGCUGAGAGAAAUCUAUAGGCUGCGUUUGCUACUGUGUCCCGUUCCGUUCCUUGAGUAAACGCAAGGCGCCAUUGGUAUCACUAAUAUAAUCACCCGCACAACUUUUUAAUAUUGUUCUAUGGCUGUAAGAAUGUCUUGUGAAUAAUUCCACGAGAUGGUGGUUUGUUUGCUUUUGUCGGGACCAGGAUGUCAGCGUGUGUUUGUUACUAUGCACCUAAAAGGCUUUAUAUUGUGGGUCAGCAGUAAAUAAAAGAUGGUGAGAGGUAUUUGAAAUAAUAAAUUAAAAAAUAAAUUAAAAAUC